UUUCCUAUUAUGAACUUGAACAAGCAACCAAAGGAUUCAACGAAAGCAACUUGCUUGGUAGUGGGAGUUUCAGCACAGUCUACAAAGGGAUACUUAAGGAUGGUACUCUUUUGGCAGCAAAGGUAUUCAAUGUGCAACUAGAGGGUGCAUUCAAAAGUUUUGACACGGAAUGUGAGAUACUCCGCAACCUUCGCCACAGAAAUCUAACCAAAGUCAUCACCAGCUGCUCCAACCUUGAUUUCAAAGCUCUAGUGCUGGAAUACAUGCCCAAUGGGACACUCAAUAAAUGGUUAUACUCCCACAACUUGUUCUUGAAUUUAUUGCAGAGAUUAGAUAUAAUGAUCGAUGUUGCAUCAGCAAUGGAGUAUCUCCACAAUGGCUAUUCAACACCUGUGGUGCAUUGUGACUUGAAGCCAAGCAAUGUGUUGCUAGAUCAAGAAAUGGUUGGCCAUGUAAGUGAUUUUGUCAUUGCAAAUUUGUUAGGUGCAGGGGAGCCUUUUUUUGUUCAAACAAGGACAAUUGCAACCAUUGGAUACAUUGCUCCAGAGUAUGGACAAGAUGGAAUAGUAUCCACAAGUUGUGAUGUUUAUAGUUUUGGCAUCCUGAUAAUGGAGACGUUUAUAAGAAUGAGACCAAGUGAUGAAAUAUUUAAUGGAGAAAUGAGCAUACAACGUUGGGUUAGUGAUUCCUUCCCAAGUGGAAUUCAUAAGGCGGUGGAUUCGAAUUUGGUAACACCAGGGGAAGAACAAAUCGACUUAAAGAUGCAAUGUUUGGUAUCUAUCAUGGAAUUAGCUUUGAGAUGCACUUUAGUGAAACCUGAUGCAAGGAUUAGCAUGAAAGAUGCUCUUUCAACACUUAAAAAGAUUAGGCUCCAACUUGUCAUUAGUUGCUACUAGGUCUAAUAUAAUUGUACCAUAGUGUCUU